AUGGCCGACAACGCAGAGGGCACCGCCGAUGCCCAGGUCACCUUCAAGGUGAAGACGGGCCAGGAUAGCAACCAUACUAUCACCAUGUCUGAAUCUGCCUCCGUACUCGACCUCAAGACCAAAUUGGCCGGCGAAGAUUUCGAGAACGUUCCCGUCGAACGCCAGCGUCUUAUCUACUCUGGUCGCGUAAUGAAGAACGACGACACACUCGCCACCUACAAGAUCAAGCCCAACAACACCAUCCACAUGGUCAAGAGCGCAGCCAGCAACCCAGCUCCUCAGCCCGCAACUUCAGCCUCCACGCCUGCCGCACCCGCCGUGCCCUCCAACAUGGCCGCUGGCACUGCCAACAACAUUCUCGCUGGCCUCACCGGAGCCAGAUACGCCGGACACAUCAACCUGCCCAGUCGCGAGACAUUUGGAGCUGACGGAGGAAUGGGUGCCCCGCCAUCCGACGACCAGUUGGCCCAGAUGCUCUCCGAUCCCUCCAUGCUCCAGACCAUGAACGCCGCCCUCGACAACCCCGACUUCAUCAACUACAUGAUCCAGAGCAACCCACACCUGCGCAAUGUCCCCAACGCACGAGAGAUCAUCCAGUCGCCAUUCAUGCGCCAGAUGAUGACCAACCCAGACAUGCUUCGCAAUGUCAUGAGAAUGCAGCGCAACAUGGCCGGCGGAGGCGGCAACGCUGCCUUCCCUGCGCCUGGCGCCACCGACACUACUCCUGCCGAAGCUGCGGCUGCCGGCGGCAACACCGGUCAGCCUCCCAACCCGUUCGGCUUCCCCGCAGGUUUCCCAGGCUUUGGUGGCGGCGCUGGUGGAAUGGGCAUGGAGGGACUCGGCGAUCUCAGUGCGCUCUUUGGCCCUGGUAGUCCGUUUGCGCCUCAGCAACCCGGUGCUCAAGGUGCAGCUCCCGGUGCGGGAGCGGCGACUGGCGAUAGUGCCCAGACUACAGCUGGUGCCGGAGCUACUGGGACGACAGGCACGGCAGCGGGUGGACAGGGCGCAAACUCUACAACGAGUCCACCUCCGGCCAACCCCUUUGCUGCUCUGUUCGCCCCUCCUCCUUACGCAGCUCAGGGCCAAGCUCAGGGUCAAGGCCAAGGCCAGGCACCCGCAAACCCCUUUGGCGCCUCGCCCUUUGGUCAGAUCAACCCAGAGAUGAUGCAGCAGAUGAUGAGCAUGUGGGGUCUCGGUGCAGGCGGCGGUGCUGGUGGAGGCUCUCCGGCUCCCCCAGACAACCGUCCCCCCGAGGAGCGUUAUGCCGAGCAACUGCGCCAGCUCAACGAUAUGGGCUUUUUCGACUUUGAUAGGAACGUAGCCGCUCUGCGUCGUAGCGGUGGCAGCGUGCAAGGCGCGAUUGAGCAUCUUCUGAGUGGUUGA